AUGACCAUGGCUGUAUUUGAUACCCAGGGAGACUAUGUGUGGUUGGACCUCAAAACGGGCCGGGAGUUCGAUGUCCCUAUUGGAGCUGUGGUCAAACUGUGCGACUCUGGAGAGAUCCAGGUGCUGGAUGAUGAGGGCACGGAGCACUGGAUCUCUCCUCAGAGUGCGCCAAACAUCAAGCCCAUGCACCCAACCUCCAUCCAUGGGGUGGAGGAUAUGAUCCGUCUAGGGGACCUGAAUGAAGCUGGCAUCCUCCGCAACCUACUCAUCCGCUACAAUGAGCGUGUCAUCUAUACAUACACAGGCUCUAUCCUGGUGGCAGUCAACCCAUACCAGCUGCUACCCAUCUACACAGCAGAUCACAUCCGCCUCUACACCAAUAAGAAGAUUGGGGAGAUGCCUCCACACAUAUUUGCCAUAGCAGACAACUGCUACUUUAACAUGCAAAGGAACAACAAGGACCAGUGCUGCAUCAUUAGUGGUGAGUCUGGAGCAGGGAAGACAGAAAGCACUAAGCUGAUUCUCCAGUUCCUGGCAGCCAUCAGCGGACAACACUCCUGGAUAGAACAACAAGUGCUGGAGGCCAACCCCAUCCUUGAAGCAUUUGGCAAUGCCAAGACCAUCCGUAAUGACAACUCGAGCCGAUUUGGGAAGUACAUCGAUAUCCACUUCAAUAAGCGUGGGGCCAUUGAAGGAGCCAAGAUAGAACAGUACCUUUUAGAGAAGUCUCGUGUUUGCCGACAGGCUGCAGAUGAGAGGAACUACCAUAUAUUUUACUGCAUGCUGAGGGGUAUGGCUCCAGAAUUUAAAACUAAGCUGGGCCUGGGUCUCGCAACUGACUACUCCUACCUUACCAUGGGUAACUGUACAGAGUGUGAUGGCCGUAAUGAUCUGCGCGACUACUCCUGCAUCCUGUCUGCAAUGAAGGUUCUUAUGUUCACCGAGACAGAGAACUGGGAGAUCUCCAAGCUGCUGGCUGCCAUCUUGCACAUGGGCAACCUACGCUUUGAGGCUCGUACAUAUGAUAACCUGGAUGCCUGUGUGGUGGUGAGAUCCCCCGAUCUUGCAACUGCUGCUGCACUCAUGGAGGUGGAGCCUAAGGAUGUGAUGGUGUGUCUGACCACACGCACUUUGAUAACACGAGGUGAGAGUGUUGCCACACCUCUAAGUAUGGUGCAGGGCCUGGACGUCAGGGACGCCUUUGUCAAGGGAAUCUACGGCAGACUUUUUGUCUGGAUUGUGGAUAAGAUCAAUGCAGCGAUAUACAGACCACCGCCUUGUGAGAAUAAGAUCAUGCGCAGAUCUAUUGGAUUACUGGACAUCUUUGGCUUUGAGAACUUCACUGUCAACAGUUUUGAACAGCUAUGCAUCAACUUUGCCAAUGAGAACCUGCAGCAGUUCUUUGUGCGCCAUGUAUUUAAGCUGGAACAAGAGGAGUACAACCUGGAGGACAUCAGCUGGCAACACAUCGAGUUCACUGACAACCAGGAAGCCCUGGACAUGAUAGCUAACAAACCCAUGAACAUCAUCUCUCUAAUUGAUGAGGAGAGCAAGUUCCCUAAGGGAACCGACUCCACAAUGUUGUACAAACUCAACUCACAGCACAAGCUCAAUGCCCACUAUAUCCCCCCCAAGAACAACCAUGAGACUCAGUUUGGCAUCCAGCAUUUUGCUGGCGUGGUACACUACGAGACCAGAGGCUUCCUGGAGAAGAAUCGAGACAGCCUCCAUACAGAUAUAAUCCAGCUGGUUCACUCCUCCAAGAACAAGUUUAUCAAACAGAUCUUCCAAGCCGAUGUCGCCAUGUUUCUGUGUGGCUAUCAGCAGCCCAGCACCCCUGCUCCCAAGGGUGUUGAGACCAGGAAGCGUUCCCCUACCCUGAGCAGCCAGUUCAAGCGCUCUCUAGAGAUGCUGAUGAGAACUCUCAGUGUGUGUCAGCCGUUCUUCGUCCGCUGCAUUAAACCCAAUGAGUAUAAAAAACCUAUGUUGUUUGACAGGGAGCUCUGUGUGCGUCAGCUGCGCUACUCUGGCAUGAUGGAGACCAUCAGGAUUAGACGGGCUGGCUAUCCCAUCCGAUACACCUUCUCUGAGUUUGUUGACCGUUACCGGGUCCUUAUGCCUGGUGUCAAACCAGCCCACAAACAGGAGGACCUACGAGGCACCUGUAAGCAGAUAGUCGUGGCCAGACUGGGGAAACAUGACGACUGGCAGAUUGGCAAGACCAAGAUCUUUCUCAAAGACCACCAUGAUAUGCAGCUGGAGAUUGAGAGGGACAAGGCCAUUACUGACAAGGUCAUCCUCAUCCAAAAGGCUGUACGAGGACUAAAGGAGAGGACAAAUUUCCUUCGAGUAAGGAGUGCCGUGACUCUCAUCCAGAAGGUCUGGCGGGGUUAUCGACACAGGAAGAAGUACCAAACGAUGAAGGUGGGCUUCCUGCGUCUUCAGGCCCUCUUCAGAUCCAGGAAGCUCUGCAAGGACUACCAGUUGGCACGGCUGCGUGUCACACUCAUGCAGGCCCGCUGCCGUGGCUUCCUCAUUCGACAGACUUUCUGGCGGCGUCUGCAAGCGGUGCUGACCAUCCAGGCCUACACCAGGGGCAUGAUUGCCAGACGCCUCUGCCAGAGGCUCAGGGCAGAGCACCAGCAUCGCCUGGAAGCCGAGCGCCAGCGUCUGGCAGAGGAGGAACGACUACGCAACCAGAUGACGGCCCGGCGGGCGAAGGCCGAGGCCGAGAGGAAGCACCAAGAGCGGCUGGACCAACUGGCCCAGCAGCAGGAGGAGAGGAACAGGGAGGAGAAGGAGGAAGCACGACGGAAAAAGGAGCUGGUCGAGCGGAUGGAGAGGGAGAAGGAACAACCUGUCGACCACUCUGACAUGGUGGACCAAAUGUUCGGCUUCCUUGGGAACACUGGGCCGCUGCCCAAUCAGGAGGGACAGGGGCCUGCUGGGUUUGAGGACCUUGAAAAUGGUCCCCCAGGAGAGCAGACUGAGCCUGAGGUACUGAAUGAAGCUCCACCGCUGCCUGAGGAAGAGGAGGAGGAUCUGUCAGAGUUUAAGUUCUCCAAGUUUGCUGCCACCUACUUUCAGGGCAUUUCCACCCAUACCUACAUCAGACGCCCACUCAAACAGCCCUUGCUCUUCCAUGAGGAUGAGGGAGACCAAGUUGCUGCAUUAGCUGUGUGGAUCACAGUGCUGAGGUUCAUGGGUGACCUACCCGAGCCCAAGUACCAGAUAGCCAUUAAUGAUGGCAGUGAGAAGAUCCCUGUCAUGACCAAGAUCUAUGAAACUUUGGGUAAGAGGACCUACAAGAGAGAGCUUCAGGAGCUACAAGUGGAGGAAGAGAACAGCCCCAUAGAUGGCCAAAAAAGGAACAGUGUCAGACAUAAACUUGUCUCUCUAACCUUGAAGAGGAAAUCUAAGAUCACCGAAGAGGUGACCAGGCGUCUGACAGAUGGAGACUACAGCCUCCAGGGGAACAGCAUGCUGGAAGACCGACCUACCUCUAACCUGGAGAAACUCCAUUUCAUUAUUGGCAAUGGCAUCUUAAGACCGGCCCUCAGGGAUGAGAUCUACUGUCAGAUUUGUAAGCAGCUCACUCAGAAUCCAUCCAAGAGCAGCCAUGCCCGCGGCUGGAUCCUGCUCUCCCUCUGUGUGGGAUGCUUUGCCCCCUCUGAAAAGUUUGUCAAGUAUUUACGAACAUUCAUGAACAGUGGUCCUCCUGGUUAUGCGCCGUACUGCGAGGAAAGGUUGAGGAGGACAUUUGUCAACCGCACAAGGACCCAGCCUCCAUCUUGGUUGGAGCUCCAGGCCACCAAGUCUAAGAAACCCAUCAUGUUACCAGUGACAUUCAUGGAUGGCACCACCAAAACCCUUCUGACAGACUCAGCCACCACUGCUAGUGAGCUGUGCAACGCUCUCGCAGAUAAGAUCAACCUCCAAGACCGCUUUGGAUUCUCUCUAUACAUCGCCCUGUUUGACAAGGUGUCGUCUCUGGGAAGUGGCACUGACCAUGUGAUGGAUGCCGUGUCGCAGUGUGAGCAGUAUGCCAAGGAGCAGGGGGCCCAGGAGAGGAACGCUCCAUGGAGGUUGUUCUUCAGAAAGGAGAUUUUCACCCCCUGGCACAAUCCUGCCGAGGACUGCGUGGCCACUAACCUCAUUUACCAACAAAUCGUACGAGGGGUUAAGUUUGGAGAAUACCGCUGUGAGAGGGAGGAGGAUCUGGCAGAGCUAGCCUCUCAGCAGUACUAUGUAGAUUAUGGAUCUGACAUCCUCCAAGACCGUCUGCUUAGUCUCAUUCCCACCUACAUCCCUGACAGGGAGAUCUCCUCAGCCAAGACAGCCGAUAAGUGGGCCCAACUCAUCAUGGCCGCCCACAAAAAGGGAUUGCACACUAAGAAGAGGUUGAACACACAGAAGGUGAAGGAAGAUGUGGUGGACUUUGCUCGUUUCAAGUGGCCUUUACUGUUCUCACGCUUCUACGAGGCCUUUAAGUUCUCAGGGCCUAGCCUGCCUAAGAAUGAUGUGAUAGUUGCGGUGAAUUGGACCGGGGUUUACUUUGUGGAUGAGCAGGAGCAGGUCCUUCUGGAACUCUCUUUCCCAGAAAUCACUGCUGUGUCUAGUAGCAGGGGUGGGAAGCUCCAGGGCCAGAGUUUUACGCUGGCCACUAUCAAAGGAGAUGAGUACACAUUUACAUCGAACAACGCUGAGGAUAUCCGUGACCUGGUGGUCACCUUCCUUGAAGGCCUGCGAAAGAGGUCAAAAUAUGUGGUGGCGCUAGUGGACUGUCCCAACCCUGCAGCAGGGGCAGACUCCACAUUCCUAAGCUUCUCCAAAGGGGACCUGAUCUUUCUGGAUGAGCACACCGGGGAACAUGUGAUGAACUCCGGCUGGGCUCAUGGGAUCAACGACAGGACUAAACAGAGAGGAGACUUCCCCUCUGAUUGUGUCUAUUUGCUGCCAACUGUCACAAGACCACAAUAUGACAUAGUGGCCUUAGUGACCAUGACUCCAGAUCAGAGAAGAGAGUCCGUCACUCUGUCCCAGCUGGCCCUGUCUAACAAUGAAGACAAAGCUGAGCCUUAUACGUUGGAGGAUUUUUCAUACGAUUACUUCAGACCCCCUCCUAAGAGCACUCUGAGCAGGGUGAUGAUCACCAAGUCCCGGGGAAAGGAACGAUUGUGGAGCUGCACCAGGGACCCUCUCAAACAGCCUCUACUCAAAAAGGUCCUGGCCCAUGAAGAGCUCUCUCAAGAGGCCUGUGUGGCUUUCAUAGCUGUGAUGAAGUAUAUGGGGGACUACCCUUCCAAACGAGCGCGCUCCGUCAAUGAGCUGACAGACCAGAUAUUUGAGGGGGCUUUGAAGGCAGAGCCUCUGAAAGAUGAGAUUUUCUGUCAGAUCCUCAAGCAGCUUACAGAUAAUCACAUCAAGUACAGUGAGGAUAAAGGCUGGGAGCUGCUGUGGCUCUGUACUGGUCUUUUCCCUCCCAGUAACAUCCUGCUACCUCAUGUCCAGAAGUUCCUCCAGGCAAAAAAACACCACCCGUUGGCUCCAGACUGCAUGCAGCGGCUACAGAAGGCCUUACGAAAUGGAUCCAGGAAGUACCCUUCCCAUCUGGUGGAGGUGGAGGCCAUCCAACAUAAGACCACCCAGAUCUUUCACAAAGUCUACUUCCCAGAUGACUCCGAUGAGGCAUUUGAGGUGGAGUCAAGUACCAAGGCCAAAGACUUCUGUCACAACAUCUCUGGACGACUGAUGCUGAAGUCCUCAGAGGGGUUCAGUCUCUUCGUCAAAAUCACGGACAAGGUCAUCAGUGUGCCUGAUGGGGAUUUCUUCUUUGACUUUGUGAGGCACCUGACUGACUGGAUCAAAAAGGCCCGCUAUGUAAAAGAUGGUGUAGUUCCUUCAUUAACGUAUCAGGUGUUCUUCAUGAAGAAGCUGUGGACUAAUACCAUCCCAGGAAAAGACUCCAUGGCUGACUCCAUCUUCCACUACUACCAGGAGCUGCCAAAAUAUCUACGUGGCUACCACAAGUGUUCCAGAGAGGAGGUACACCAGUUGGCCGCUCUGAUCUACAGGGUGAAGUUUGAGGAGGACAAGUCCCACUUCCACAACCUCCCCAAGAUCCUUAAGGAGCUGGUCCCUCAAGACCAGAUUCGACAUCUCCCUCCCGACGACUGGAAGAGGUCUAUAGUGCCACUGUUUAACAAGCAUUCAGGGAAGACUCGAGAGGAGGCCAAACUCUUGUUCCUCAAAAUCAUUUACAAAUGGCCCACAUUUGGUUCUGCUUUCUUCGAGGUCAAGCAAACCACUGAUCCAAAUUACCCCGAGACGCUGUUGAUAGCAAUCAACAAGCAUGGAGUCAGUCUGAUCGAUCCCAAGUCUAGGGACAUUUUGACGACACACCCCUUCACAAAGAUCUCCAACUGGAGCAGCGGCAACACCUACUUCCAUAUUACCAUUGGCAACUUGGUCCGAGGAAGCAAGCUGCUGUGUGAAACCUCACUGGGCUACAAGAUGGAUGACCUCCUGACUUCUUACAUCAGCCAGAUGCUAACGACCAUGACAAAACAACGCAGUUCCCAUGGCAACAAGUGA